AUGGCCUGCGUCAACCCCGUGCCUAAACUCUAUAGAUCUGUAAUUGAAGAUGUAAUUGAAGGAGUGCGGGAUCUAUUUGCUGAAGAAGGUAUAGAGGAGCAAGUUUUAAAAGUCUUGAAGCAGCUCUGGGAAACAAAGGUUUUGCAGUCUAAAGCAACAGAAGACUUCUUCAGAAAUAGUACACAUUCACCUGUGUUCACCCUUCAGUUGCCAAACAGCUUGCACCAAACGUUACAGUCAUCAACAGCAUCAUUAGUUAUUCCUGGUAGACCUCUUGCCAGUUUUACUACAGCAGAACUGGGCGCCUCAAACUCUAGUGCAGGCUUCACUCUUCCUGGUUAUCCUAUUCAUGUACCAGCAGGUGUGACACUACAGACUGCAUCUGGUCACCUUUAUAAAGUCAGUGUACCAAUUAUGGUGACACAGACUUCUGGAAGAGCAAGUAUUCUUCAUCCAGUUCAGCAAGUAUUUCAGCAGCUGGGACAGCCUUCCAUGAUACAGACCUGUGUUCCACGAUUGAACCCAUGUUCUCUCCAAGCAACUGCUGAAAAAUCUCAGAGACUAGAAACUGUGCCCCAGCAACCUCCAAUUCGUCAUUCUGGGCUAGUGCAUAGGAAGCAUUUUGAAAAUGCCACCAGUGAUAUACUUGUACCUUCUGGAAAUGAGCGUGAAAUCAUGUCUGAAGCUCUGUUGAGUCAGCUGGAAAGCUCUCAGUAUAUCAGUGUUCCAGGUGUUAUGUUUCCUCCACAGGUCUCUCAGACAGGUUCUCCUGUGGAGCCAGUGCUCAGUGUUUCAGCCAGCGUGACUCAAAAUCUGAAUGGUGGGCCCCUCUCCACGGGCCGACCAGGCGCCCAGCACCAGCACAUGACUGAUACUCAGCUUCAUGUUCUUAAAAAUAGGAUGUUUGGAUGUGAUUCUUUAAAGCAGCCAAGAAAUACAGAGGAGACCAGCAGCCUGCCUGUCUCAGAAAAGGAGUCUAGUUCUCAGAUGGAUUUAAGCAAUCAGGUAACUGAUGAUGAUAUUAAUGAGAUAAUUCAAAUAGAUGGAACCGGUGAUACAUCUUCCAAUGAUGAAAUAGGAAGUACAAGAGAUGUAGAUGAGAGCGAAUUUCUGGGGAUUGUUGAGGCAGGAGACCUGAAGGUACUUGAAGAAGAAGCUGACAGUAUAUCAAAUGAAGAUUCAACUGCCAAUAGUAGUGAUAAUGAAGACCCUCAAAUAGACGUUGUAGAAGAGGACCCUUUAAAUUCUGGAGAUGAUGUUAGUGAGCAGGAUGUGCCAGACCUGUUUGACACGGAUAAUGUAAUUGUCUGCCAGUAUGACAAGAUUCAUCGAAGCAAGAACAAAUGGAAAUUCUAUUUGAAAGAUGGUGUUAUGUGUUUUGGAGGGAGAGACUAUGUAUUUGCAAAAGCCAUUGGUGAUGCAGAGUGGUAA